AAAUUUUCUCGAAAAUAGCUCUGUUUGGUCUGUCUCUGUUAAACAUAAAUUACUUCAGAAACAACAGACAAAGAAUCGAUCACCCAAAAAGUUAUUAAAUUUAAAAAAUUCUAAAAAAAUUAGCCAGAUUCUACCUCAGCUUCGACCUAUCUUGAUUGUAUUAUCAAUUCGGGAUUAGGAGUUCAAGUUUUGGGUUGAAAAGAGUGUGUCGUAUCUUCUGGCUUUUUGCUUGAAAGUUCAAGAUUUUAUGUGGAUUUGGUUUAGUUAAAUUUGAGGAAAUUAUUUUGUACAAAAUAAUGGGAAGUCUAAACUUUUCUCGAAUUGACACUUUAGACAUAAAAGCUCUGAUUUUGAAGAAGAUAGGGCAGCAAAAAGGCGAGAGCUACUUUGAUCAGCUUAGCAGAUUUUUUAGUUUUAAGAUUAGCAAGUCUGAGUUUGACAAAUUUUGCAUUACGAUUAUUGGUAGGCAAAAUAUCCCUCUUCAUAAUAAGUUCAUUAAAUCGAUUGUCAGGAAUGUGUGUGUAGCAAAAGUUUGGCCACCCACAUGUAUCAAGAAAGUAGGAAGCAGCCUUAAUGUUAAAACUGUAAGUGGAAGCCAGAGAAGUAGUCUUCAGUCUCUUUAUCGGGAUGCAUUUCCCCCAUCUCCUCGGAAGGGUAGGUCUAUGGUUAAUCGUGAUCGAAAAUUUAGGGACCAUCCUAGUCCAUUGGGGCCUCUUGGAAAGCCUCAAAGUAUUGUUGUUGGUGAGGAAUCAGUUUCCAAGGCACAAGAGCAGCAAAGUGCAACUGAAUUGCUUUCGCUGGGUAGUAGGCCUCCUGUUGAAGUUAUUUCUGUUGAAGAUGGAGAAGAGGUUGAGCAGGCAGCUGGGAGCCCAAGUGUUCAAAGUAGAAGUCCGGUUACUGCUCCUCUUGGAAUUUGUAUGAAUUUUGGUGGAGCUCGUAAAUCUAUUUCUAAUAUAUCUAUAUGUAAUGACUACCAUCCAAUGACAUGUCUGAACAGUGCUGAGCUACCUGAUACGAGAUCAUUAAGAAGUCGUUUGGAACAAAAGCUGGUGAUGGAGGGAAUUAGUGUCUCGGUGGACUGUGUUAACCUGUUAAAUAAUGGGUUGGAUGUGUAUCUGAAGAGGUUGAUUGGGCCCUGCAUCGGUUUGGCUAGGCCAGGGUAUCAAAAGGAACACCUGGAACCACAAAUUGGUUGGCUCAUACCCAGUUUCAAUGGUAUGAGGUACAUGCAAAGGCCUACUAGAUCCAAGUUUGCAUCUAUGUUGGACUUCCGAACUGCAAUGGAGUUGGAUCCCAAAGUACUGGGAGAAGAUUGGGCAAUCCAACGUGAGAGGAUUUGCUUCCAUGCUUCCGAAGAAUGAAGGAAACGUCUUCUAAAUACAGUUUAGAAAUUGAUAAGAUUAUUUCGAUAGGAAUUGAUGAUUCAGUUUUUGAAUCAAUUAUUUUACCUUUACGUGAAUGUUGUUCUCUAUCAACUAUGGAGUUUUAACAAGCAUUGACCCAGAAAUAAGUUGCAAAAGCUGUCAGAAGUUUGGAUCAGGUUGACGAAAUAUCAUUUGAAUGUCAGCAUUGAUGUCUGUUGAGAAGGGGAACAUGUCUAUACGAUAUAUGUUUUUUAGAUAGUAAUAGAAAACUCUGUUUAGGUUUUCAAUCCAUUCUUCAAUAACAAUCGAAUUCUGCUUUUCCCCUCUCAUGUACCAAUAUUAGAAUGAAAGAAAGCAUUUUUCAGUUGUUCUUACUAAAUUUAGAACUAGAUCUGGAUUAUGGAUUCACUUUCCCUUAUGAAGGUAAGUUGUUACAACUAUUUUACUUUUGCUUUUUUAUCAGAGCUGCCUAACUCAGUUAAAGAUGUUGUAACGAAUUAUAAAUGAAAGGAAACAGUCUUUCCCUUGUUCUUAUGGUUACAAAUCCACGUUAAGACAGUUUUGUAGUGAAUAAUUAGAUUUUAAAAGCUACGUUUAGGUCAUAUGUCAAUGUCAGUUAAGUUCAAAUCUUUGAAUAACUAUUCUUUCAGCUGGCAACUUGAUUUACCGUAUUAAUUUUGCAUCUA